CGUCGACCAAUCUGAAUAAGUGGGAGGAGCGCGUCCGCCCACAAAAGCCACAGCUAUCUGAGCGUAUCUCCCCUUUUAUAUCCCCAAAAUGAAAGAGUAACGGAAUUAAAAAGGAAUAGGAGCAUCAUAUAAAUAGCGGUUGCUUUUCUGAGGGCUUGCGGACGGCUACGACGUGCUCGGAGCGGCGGCGGCAAGCGGCUACGGCACAACAGGGGUGUUGUCCUGAUGCUUAAAUGGAAGUGGGUGGGCCUCUUCGGUGACACACCACGAACGCCGUUGUGGAUUUUCCAUCGUGACAGGCGCUAAAUUGCUCCUUUAUGAACGCUCGAUCUGAGUAAGGAGACUACGGCGGCUGUGCUUGGGGCGCCAGUGCCUUGCGGGGGUCGGUCGGAGCUUUCUCCGUUAUUUCUGUCAAGCGGGAAGGGGGGGCUGUUCGGCUGUGUCUCCGCCCUUCCUGGACGGUGGGUGGUUUCGUGAAAACGGGCAGAUCCGCCACGGCCCAGAGCCGAACAUAUAGGCCGUCCUCCGCCUCCGUUCCCGGUCGGCCGGCCUUCUACCGUGAACUACACCCUCUCCCUCUUGGUAUAUUCAUGCGUUAUGAGUGACUCCAAGAAGGAAUCAUCGGGAACUGAAGGAGGGAAAGCGUCAAAAAAGGGGAAAAAUUCUGGAUCCUCACAGGAUUCCUCACAGCCCUCUCCAUUGGCUCUGUUGGCGGCCACCUGCAGUAAAAUCGGAGGGCAGGCGGGAGGGGAGGGCGCCCAGGUGCAGGCGGGGCCCCAGCAGAUCCAACUCCAGGCUGGUCAGAUUCAGCUCCAAGCGGGUCAACUCCAGGGCCAGAUUGUAGUGGACGCAUCUGGUGGCCAGGCCCUCGUCCCCCAGCAGCUGGAACUGGUCCCGGCUCAGUUCACGGGGAACGGCUGGCAGAUCGUUACAGCGCCACCUGCCAUGGCUAAGGAGAACACCAACCAGCCUGUAGCUGUGACGGUGGCCACGACCGUUCCUAAUGACAGCUCACCUGGACGCAAGGUGAAAGCCGUAGCCGGGACCAACAGUGUGGCGGCCAAUCAGCAACAGCAGUUCCAGAUAAUCCAGGUUCAAAACCUGCCCAAUGCUGGCGGCGGGGUCCAGUACCAGGUCAUCCCUCACCUGCAGACAGCAGAUGGCCAGCAGAUCCACAUCAACCCAACUCAGCAGGCCUCCAUCGGGGCUCUGCCCGAGCAGCUUCAACUCAUACAGAGUCCGAGCCCAGGUCAGGCUCCGGCUAUUCUACAGACAGCCAACCAGCAGGCCAUCCUAUCAAGUACAGCCAAUCAGACAGUCCCGCUGCAAAUCCGUCCCGCUCAGUCAUUCCCCCUGCAACUGCAGACCCUUCAGGGCUCUCAGACGCCCGUCAUGACCACAGUACCCAUCAACCUUGGCGGCAUGACCCUGGCUUUGCCUGUGAUCAAUAACGUCGGAGGAGGCGGGGCCGUGCAGCUCAUCCAAUCGGCAGAUGGUACUUUUUCUGUUGCUAGCGGCAACCAGUUGAUGACCGCAGCGGCAGUCUCGGGGGCAGCGCCAACACCGGCGGUGGCUGAGGGUGACGCCGCACCAGAGGGAACGCAAGUAGUCUCCUCUGCCAUUGAGGCCACAACAAGUGAAAACCAAGCACAAAGCACCGAGACAGACUCUCAAAGUCAGAAUCAGGCCAACGGGGUCCAAAGCCAGACAGACGCACCAGGAACCAUUCAACAAGUGAUCGUCGGGCAAGUGGGACAUCAGCUUGUGCAGCAAAUCCAGCUGCAACCCCAAGCUACCGGUCAGAACCAAGGCCAGCAGCAACAGAACAUUCAGACUCUCCAGCUGGCUCCCGGUCAAACCCUGCAGCCCAUUCAGGCCUUCCAGAAUCCAGCCCAGGUCCUUAUUCGCACACCCACCCUAUCCCCGUCUGGGCAGAUUGCAUGGCAGACGCUGCAGCUCCCCGGCGGAGUCUCCCUCCAGGGAAGCCUGGGAGCGGCGAUGCCACAACAGCUCACGCUGGCCCCGGUGGCUGGUGGCACAACAGUGGGGAGCGGUGGAUUGGUCUCCCUAGGGGGAACCCCCCUGACACUGAGCGCAGCUCAGAUCAACCCGGGUUCUGGCGUACAGACAGUUAGCAUCGCUGGGCUCGGCAACGCCGGGGUCCAGGUGCAGGGUGUUCCCCUCACCAUUACUGGUCUACAGGGUCAACCGCAAGGACAGGACGGGGUCAAAGUUCAGUCCUCUCCCGUGACGGUCACAGUGGGUAACGUGGCAUCCAGUUCAUCGAUGAGCCCGGAUCAGUUAGGGACCGUGCAGAGCUCCUCAGACCAGGAGGGACCCCCGAGCAAGAGGCUUCGUCGAGUCGCCUGUUCUUGCCCAAACUGUAGAGAUGGAGAGGCAAGAAACAGUGGAGACCCCACAAAGAAGAAGCAACACAUCUGCCACAUGGAAGGCUGCGGUAAAGUGUACGGCAAGACCUCCCACUUGAGGGCCCACCUGCGCUGGCACACGGGCGAAAGGCCUUUUGUCUGCAACUGGAUCUUCUGCGGUAAAAGGUUCACCAGGAGCGAUGAGCUGCAGAGACACCGGAGAACGCACACAGGAGAGAAACGCUUUGAGUGUCCUGAUUGCUCCAAGCGCUUCAUGAGAAGCGACCACCUUUCCAAGCACAUCAAGACCCACCAAAACAAAAAGAGUGGCGCUACCAUGGCCAUCAUCACCACCGACAACCUUGAUGAUGAUGUCCCUGAGUGUCUCCCAGCUUCUCCUCAAAUAGUCACUGUGGCGACCCUCUCCCGUGACUCUGAGCCCGCUACACCUACCACCUCCAAUCACUUGGAGGAGGAGGAGGAGGAAGCGGAGGAAUUUGAGUAGGAAAGCGGUUGUCGUCUAUGUUCAAAGGGACAACUUCUUCUGCGGAAGGGGCCAGAUUGGACUCAGUCCACCGCCAACAACAAAAUUAAACUUCUCAUCUAGGGUCCAAAAAAGAACAUGAAUUGUGUUACAAUUAACACAACAAGAACAAUUCACAUGUGAUUUUUUUUCCUAAAUGGUGACAAAAUCUAUCUCUAUGCACAAAGUUGUGUACCUGUUUCUUACCUGUCGGACAGGGCUGAGGGUCAAUCAAGGUACAGGACUGUUGCAGUCCUGGGAAAGCGUGAGUGCAAGUUAACCCAUGUGUUUUGUGUGUGUGUGUUUUGAAGAGGAUCUACCCAAUUUGAAAAUUCCUUUGUGAACUGGUAUAAAAAACAAGGAAGAAAAAAAAGCACAAGGAAAGAUUUCUAUAUAUUGCAUUCCUACUGCGGCAGAGGUGAUUAGGAAAAAAGGUUUCUAUGAAGAAAACAAUCUAGCUUUCGACAACUUUGUGAGGUGAAAGCAAUACUUAAUGACAAUCUAGAGGAACAUGUUUACAUUGCCAGGGAGGGGGGGUUAAGCAAAGAGCACAUGAGAGCAGUGGUUUCUUGGGUUUUUGGGGGGUUUCCGCGCUUUUAAUUCAUUAGCUGCCAUUGAAGUGAACGUUUCUGAGGUGAGGCUGUAUUCGUAAAUCAUUUCUGUAGCAGCCAAUGAGUUAAAUUUGCAGGCAAACCUUACUCGGUGACCCACUACUGCCUUAACACAAGCUAUAUGAGGGGAGAGAGGCGGAGUUUGUGGUGGGUUAGGGGUGGGAUCUAAAGGCUGUUUAGCUGUGUGGUGAUGAGUUGUGGUGGUAUUGCUCUGUGUUAGUCCAGUGCGUACAGUCUCAUUUAUAACAAAAAAAAAAAAAACAGGAAAAAAAGUAUAUUUUAUAGAACUUGCUUUGAAAGCCCGCCCCUCCCAGUUAACACACAGCAAGGUCACUGUGUAAAGCUAAUUUAUUAUCCUUGGUUUGUAAUAUUUGCCUUCUUGCUGGACUCGUAUUUGUGUGUGUGUGUUGAUUCUAAACUUGUGUAUGGCAUGUUCAGGUUUUUUUUUUUUCUUCUUUUUUUUUUGGUAGUAUACUUUUUUGUUUUCUUCCUCCUUGCGCCAUAUUGUGUUUUUCUUUUUGGAGAGAAAAGCAAAAAAAAAAAAAAAAAAAAAAAGGUGUUUCAAA